AUGGAAAUUGUGACACCUGUAAACCUGUAUAAAGGAUGCCCUGUUCAUACGCUGUGGUCGCCAUCAGUCACCGUAAUCGAAGUACUGCUAUCUGUUAAAGUUUCACAGCAGAUAUAUCAUGGCGUUAGAGCAAGAUAUGUUGAUGAGCAUGCGUGGGAUCUCCCAUAUGAGGAGAGCUUGUUAUGGGUAUUCGAUGAUGGACAUGGCCUGAGGUUAUGCCAAGAGAUGUAUCAACAGGGACCCAGGAUCGUUGACGAUAGACUACAGAUUGAUAUUCAAGCAGUCAUUGGGACUUACCAAACUAUGUCAGGAAACGUAUUUCUCGGGAUUAAAUGGCAGAACUGUGAUUAUCCGACGUGGGAGUUGGAAGAUGAUGUAAUUCGCUGUAGUAACUUUUCCAGCUACCAAUUAAAUUUUAUAUCUACUAAUUAA